AUGGCCUGGGGCAGAAGCUACGGAAACUGUUAUCCUCACUUACACUGCACCUGCCACCAAAGGCGGAACCUCACCAGCGCUUCCUCAACAUCUCUUUCGGGAUCACCCGCCUACCCAAUUCCAUCCCUCUCCCUCCUCCCCGAGCGAAGCACCGCCGAGGUCCUCAUCUCAUUUCAUCUAGAGCACAUCGCAUGGCACCACAACUCCCUGCACUGCCCAACCUUCCUGCGGCAGUGCACCACCUUCUGGGACACCGGCACAUAUGACCAGCCGACGUGGCUCGCGCUCUACAGCGCGGUGCUCGCCGCGUCGCUGCUGAGCUGGCAGAACAGCUGGAAGCACCGCGACGCGUUCCCCCUUACCCUACCGGCGGGAUGCUCGCCGCUGGAUUUGUUCAACUUCAUGGUCGACACACUCUACCAGGCGCACUUCCUUCAGAACGUGUCACUCUACUCUGUUCAGGCCAUCGUCAUCUCGACUGAAGUGGCUCACAACCUGGGCCUCAGCCAGCUGAACGCCACCCUAUUCAGCGCCGCGAUCCGGAUGGCCGAGUGCUUGGGCAUACACAAGAUCACAGACGGCAGCAACCUCGACUUGCAGACACCAGAGGAGAUAUGGGAAGAUACCCUGCAGAGAGAAGUCGGACGAAGGGUGUGGCUUCAGAUGGUCAUCCAAGACCACUUUGCGAUCCCCUUCACCGACUCGUAUGGCAUCAACCCCGCCCAAUACUCGACCUCCCUCCCGAGAAACGCCGACGACGCGGACUUGGCCGAUGCCCCGGAGACGACACUGACGGUGAGCACGUAUACACGUGUGCUGGGCGGUAUCGCGCGGCUGAUGCCGGAGCUGGCGGACGGCAUGGGGCCGUUGAGGGCGCAGAAGCCGGCGAGGGAGCAGUAUGCCCACGUCCUGAGGAUGGACCAGAAGAUGAGGGAGCAGGUGCAGUCGAUACCGCGGUUUCUUCUUCAGAAAGAUGAGGUGCUGGAGGGCGAGUGCGCGUGGCUUGGUGUUGCGCGGCAGAGUCUUGCCAUUACAGCAGCUGAAAAGGUUUGGAUCAUCAAAUUUUCCAAAAGGCCAUUCCUCUUCCUCUCAUUCCAAUCAGAAGCCUACGUCCACACGCGCCGCACCUGCGUCGCAGCAGCAGUGACCAUCCUCCGCGAACACAAAAGCAUCGUGGAGUCAGGCGAGGUCUCCCUCUGGACACACGUCGCAUUCAGCAUCACCGCCGCCAUCAUCCUCUCCUUCGAGGUGAUUUGCGACCAGAGCAAGGAGAGAGACACCCGGCAGGAAGGGUACCUCGACGCCAUCCGUGAUGCGCGAGAGCAUCUCCUGGGCCGGACGACGAACGAUGUUCUAGCGCACCGCGGGGUGGUGCUGAUUGAUGCUAUCUUCUCCGAGGUGGGGGGCAUGGAGUCAUUCUCGGACCGGACGCUUGCUGCGAGACCUGAUGCGAUCAACUUUGAAGAGAUUGCGGCUAGAUUCAAGACGGAUUGGUUUGUGCUUGAUUCUACGGCGGCUAGUCUUGGGCAGUUUGAUGUUGCCGAGGAGCACUGGGCCAUGUCUGCGAAUCCCUCUGAGGAUUUUGAUGAAUGGUUCCAGCAAAUCUUUCACUCGAACAUAGUUGAAUAG